UUCUUUGGCUAGCCAUCUGACAGUGAAGAUGCAAAAAGUUGUUUGCUUAGUGCUGCUAGUGGUGGCUUUCCACAGUUCAGCUCAAAGAGUAAAAUGUGUGUUUGAAUCGAAAUACUUUAUUCCCAAUUUCACGGCGAACUGGUUUAAGGCUGUUGAGUACUGUAAUUAUCUCGGAAUGCGACUGGCAGUUAUUAGCUCGGCUGAGGAGCAAGCCAAGCUGACUGCUUUAGUGGCGUCCACGGAUAAGUUUAGCAAUGUGAGCACCGAUAUUUGGAUCGGAGGCAGUGAUCUCGCAGAGGAAGGCAAUUUUUACUGGCAUGCUACCGGGAACAGAAUCGUUUUUACCAACUGGAAAAAGAAUCAACCGGAUAACGGACAGAAAAAUGAACACUGCAUGGAGAUUCGAUACAUCCCGGAGCACAGCUGGGACUGGCACUGGAACGAUCGUGACUGCAAAGCGGCUCGUUACUUCGUUUGCGAAAACCUAGAACCCGGGAGGGAGAUCACAUUUUUUUAAUGCACAAAAAAUAUUGAUAACAUUUUAAUGUAUAACAAAUUGUAACAUCAGUUUUUAUACAAGUUAUCGUCAACAUAAAUAAAUAAAUUUCCAAUAAAAUAUUUCGCCAAUCGACAA